AAGUAAACAGCAAUGCGCGUACACCACUUGAAUCUAUUAGUGCUAAGUGUCGGCCUGGUUCUGGUCCUAGCCCUGGCGAAGUCCCAAUCCCUGGCACAGGAGGCGGCAGCUGAGGCGGAUGUGAAGCAACUGACUUUGGCGGAUGUAAAUCAGGGAACAGAGCAGCAGGAGAUGCCGGCAGUGCGCCUGGCCAGGCAAUUUGGCUACGGCAGACGAGGCGGCUUUGGAGGAGGCGGCUUUGGAGGAGGCUUUGGCGGCGGGAGGAGACGAUUCUGUUGCGGCGGCGGCGGCUAUGGCGGCGGCUUUGGCGGCGGUGGGUUCCGCAGGCGCGGAUUCGGCGGUGGUUUUGGCGGCUUCUAUCCUCCCCCGCCCCCGCCCUUCUUUGGAGGCCCCUUUUUCGGCUAAGUGUUAUUCAUUUAAUGUGCAUAUGUGAUAUGAUCAGACCUGGAUUAGCUGCUAAUAAAUCACCGCGAGCUACUGCUCUAAUUACCCUACCAA